UGACGCUUGCGAAGUGAGUGUGAGCUUCAAAAAGUGGUAUUUUUAGGUGUUCCAACGCGGCAAACGAGGACCCAACGUAGUGAAAAGUUAAUUCCCGUCACGCGGUGCUAGCCAAACAAACGAAAAGUAGUGCAAAAUCAGCAAUGGAUAAUCGUGGCCGUGGAAAGAGACUGUCGACUGUAGUGACAGCUGCAGCGAGCAGUAGCAGCAGCACGACCAGCGCUAAAGAAACUAAACCAGUGUCUGCUAACAAUGUGGAGAAGAAGAAACCGGGGCGCAAAUCUCUGGCCGUCACGGCGGCCGCGCGGAAGCGGUCGCCUUCGCCGCCAAAGCGUAAACCAUCUCCCGCACGGAGAGCAUCGCCGGCACGGCGAGCUUCGCCGGCACGCAAGGCAUCUCCGGCACGGAAGGCUUCCCCGGCACGGAAAGCAUCGCCGGGCAGAAAACCGAAGGUCGUUACCGAUAACGCCUCUACGUCCACCGCAACGAAAGCAACUGAGCCGACGAAAGUAUCACCCGAAGAACCGAGACGUUCGCAGAGAAUCCGCGCUUCGGAGGAAAAGGUGGACGCGGUGCUGGUUUCGUUAAAAAAAUCCCCUGUCGACAAGCGCCUGUCGGUGAUUAUUGAUGAUGCGGAAGUGAGCGAUAUAAUGAGCGGUAGUAACUCCCUCAGCAAAAGUAUGACACCGAAUGUAAGUCGCCGUUCGCAUGGACUCACUCCGACCACUGGGACGGAACGUAGCAGGGCGACAGUGUCCCGUUCGAUGAGUGCCCUGCAGGAUUACUCGGAUCACGAGGAUGAUGCGGACUUUCAGAGUUUUCGCCGGGCGAAUGAUAACGGCACAGGAGACAAGGCACGCUUCACGUCCCGGCACAUGCAACAGCUCCAGGAGCAACAGGUUGAAUUUGGUGGUGCAUUAGGUGCCGCUGCUUUGUUGCUUGUCUUACCAUUGUUCAUGUUCGUCACGAAUCACUUCUGUUCCGGUGCACAUCGCGACUGUCGGUUUGUGGUGCCAAACAGUUGGACCGAGUUUAGUACGCUGUCAACGUACGUGAACAAGGAGAUCGCUGUGUUCUACGGGCUGUUUGUGUUCGGUGUUGCCUUACUGACGGGUUUACCGAUCGGCAAGCAGGUGACACUGACGAACGAAUCCUCCCAACAGAACACCCACAUCUUCAACGGAAUAUUGGUAGCGUUGGGAACAGCGCUGUCGGCUUUUGUGGCGGAGUACUGCUACAAGUAUCCGCUACUAUCCGUGCUCAGCCGUGGAUACAAUCAGCUGCUAGCGCUUAGCCUGUUCACAGCGUUAGUUGUCGCAUUGUUCGCCUUCCUGAAAUCACGCAAGUUAGCAACAUUCGAACUUAACCCGUACGGAAAAACUGGAAAUUUCCUAGCGGACUAUUUGGCCGGCCGUCAAAUCGAUCCGACCGUUCUGGGUGUCUUCAAUCUGAAGCUCAUCACCUACCAUGUAUCGAUGGUACUCGCACUGCUCUUCAACUGUAUCAUCCUGUACCGUAAUCUGCAUUUUGCCACUCUGCCCGAACAGUUGGUCGAUGCGCCACUGCAGGAAAAAUUACUCUAUUCGCUGCAGAACCUUUCCUGUGAAAAGGCUCCGGUAGCUGCCGCUGGUUUAGCCGUACUGUAUCUACUGGAUUGUCUUGCCUAUGAACACCAUUUGGCCGCUUCGUUCGAGCUGCAGUAUGAAGGCUUCGGUGCGCUGAUGCUGCUACGUUACGCGAUGUUCCCGUUCCUCGUGACCCUGUUGCCGAAGUACGUCGCUGCCCACAAACUUACCAGCGUUCCGUUGUGGGCUGUGGCAGUGUGCGUUGCUGUCGCUCUGGUCGGACUGUUCGUGAAACGAGCCUCAAUGCGGUUAAAGUAUCUCUACCGAUUGAAUCCACUGGGUGAAAAGGUUGCAUGCUUGGAAACGUAUCCCACCUUCCAGGGGCGAAGACUGCUAGUUGCGAAGUGGUGGCGCUUGGUGCGUCAGCCGAACUACGUCGGUGAUCUGUUGCAAAAUGUCGCACUGCUACCUCUGCUUUAUUGGCGCUUUGCCUGGCCACCGUUGCUAGCGGUCCUGUUCACGGUGGUUGUUCUAGUGCAUCGUGCCAAGCGAUUGCAUCGCCGCAACGCAAAAAUGUACGAUUCAUCGUGGCUGCGUUACUGUCACACCGUUCCGCAUUUGCUUGUUCCCCGCGUUUACUAAACAUCCAUUUCACCUUUGGGGUUUUUUAAUGCAAAUUCUAUCCCACCUGCAUCUGUCUCUCACUGUCUUGAGCCUGCUAAUAGUAAAGCGUUCUGAUCUGUGUUUAAUGUGUUUUAAUUUGUUUGGAUUGUAAAAAUGCAUUCUCUUUCCCCCCAUUUCCGUCCCAAUUCGUCUGGACGGUUUUGCAUCAGAGAAGAGUGUCGGUUUUAUGUUUAGAAUGUAGGUUUUUUUUUGUUUGUCAUCAUUAUAUGGUCCAAAAAAAUGUCUUUCCUGUAAUAAUUUAGGUAGGGGGCUUCUUUUCUGCAAUAAAAACAACUCAACCGAAUGUUAAUUUAAACACUCAGCAAAAUGUUAGGCAAUUUACGAUCGGUGCACCACGUACACAAAAUAAGUUUUAACAGCGGCUAGCAACAAAACACUAGAUAUAAGGCGUAGCAAAGAGGCAAAGCUCUGCAAUUUGUAGAAGGAAAAGUAAAGCUGAAAUAAGAAAUUCAACGGAUAGACUCGUAAGCCAUUAAUGAUAGAAGACGGGAAUGUGGGCGCUUAUCGUAACUCGAGAGGUAGCAAGACAUUGAAAAAAAAAAAACAAAGGAAACACUUCAACUAUCAUUCUGUAUAAAAUGAAGAAAAUAUAAUAAUAUGGCAAACAUUGUACAAACAUUGUACAAGCUCCAGA